UUUUUCUUCCUUUCUGUUUGGAUUUCUUUCUAAACUUAUGAAAAAUGGCAACAGCAGCAUAUGUGGAUCAUUUUGCAGCAGAGUGCCUUGUUUCUAUGUCCAGUCGUGCUAUUAUCCAUAGCCCCAAAGGGAAGCCUGAUCUCCAACCUGAUGCAGCAAUACCCCCUUCAUCAAAUGAAGAUAAGCGAGAAGUCAGAGAAACCGGGAAAGACAAUGGAUCAUCAUUACUUGUGGUAGCUAGCAUUUUAGCAGACCUGAACCAGCAUGUCCCAAACUCACCCACUCGGAGGAUGGAAAAAACGGAGACCUUUGGUAUCACAGAACAAAUACACAUUUCAAUUGCUCCUAAGGAGUUUGGGGAAGAAAGUGUGUCUUCGGUUGGUAAGCGUGGAGGAGGAAGAGCAGCCACACCUACUAGCCUGGCUGCAGUAACUGAGCCAAGCCCCAGACAAAAGAACAAACGCACGAGAAGCUGGACUGACCCUGGAUCACCCCAGAAAAAGCACAAAUGCCACUAUGUGGGGUGUGAAAAAGUUUAUGGCAAAUCUUCCCAUCUUAAAGCUCAUCUAAGGACCCACACAGGUGAACGGCCUUUUGAAUGCAACUGGCAAGGGUGUAACAAGAAGUUUGCUCGCUCCGAUGAGCUGGCGCGCCACUACCGCACUCACACUGGAGAGAAGAAGUUCAACUGUCCCCUCUGUGAGAAACGCUUCAUGCGCUCCGACCACCUGACAAAGCACGCCCGGCGCCACGCCAACUUCCACCCCGGCAUGCUCAAGAGGCGCAGCGGAAGCAGCUCGAGAACAGGGUCUGUCAGUGACUACAGCCGCUCAGAUGCCUCCAGCCCAACGAUUAGCCCUGCCAGUUCCCCAUAGUCCUACCUGCACUGGAUGUCAGCACUUUGCCUCUAAUACCUAACGUGGAGUUUUGUUUGUGUUGCACACAUUGAAAAAACUCUGUCGCUUCCCCUCCUCAGUUCCCCACCUCCCUUUUUAAAAACAAAAUCAGUAAAUAGCUGCCUCCCACUGCAAUUUCCAGUCAGAUUGUCUUUACCCAACCACACGAGUGGCUGUUCUAACCUCAUGGACAGACAGACUUACGUGAUACGCUUAGUGACUCCUGCUGUCUCAAUAUUUCAUACAUUUUUCAACCAUUUACAGAUCCUCUUGAUUGUUCUUUGUAAGAAAAUGAGAAAAUCUUUAAAAAAAAAAAAAGACCCCCACUUAAUUCACCUCAGGUGUCAAA